GAUGAGGAAUCAUUUUGUAGACUAUAUCAGUGGUCAAACUUAUUACGCUUUGAAAUUACAUGUUCACAAUGACAUAGGUGCGCUGUAUGGAUAUGCAAAGGAAGUUAAACAUGGUUGUACUUCAUGUCAUAACUUUAACGCACACAGACUUUUUAUUUAGUCCACUUGGCAAAGUAACGGUGACGGGGGAACCAUAGCUGUAGCCUAUUGUUAUCCGUCUGGUACAGAGACCUAUUGGUGUUGACUAGACAUGAGGGCCUCAUCCUCCCGCUUAUCCAGUUUUUCGUCUCGUGACUCACUAUCAUGGAACCGGAUGCCAGACCAAAUCUCGGUGUCCGAGUUUCUCUCGGAAACCACAGAAGACUACAAUUCGCCAACGACCUCCAGCUUUACCACCCGGCUGCAGAGCUGUCGGAACACGGUUAACAUCUUGGAGGAGGCUUUGGAUCAAGACCGAACAGCGCUUCAGAAGGUGAAGAAGUCUGUCAAAGCCAUAUACAACUCUGGGCAAGAUCAUGUUCAGAAUGAGGAGAUCUAUGGGCAGGCACUGGACAGGUUUGGCAGCAACUUCCUGGGCAGGGACAACCCAGACCUGGGCAGAGACAACCCAGACCUGGGCACAGCCUUCGUCAAGUUUUCAAGUCUAGUCAAGGAGCUGUCAGCACUGCUCAAGAAUCUGCUUCAGAGCCUGAGCCACAACUUAAUUUUCACCCUGGACUCGCUUCUCAAAGGGGACCUGAAAGGAGUGAAGGGGGAUAUAAAGAAACCUUUUGACAAGGCAUGGAAAGACUACGAAGCUAAGUUCACCAAGAUUGAGAAGGAGAAAAGAGAGCACGCAAAACAGCAUGGAAUGAUCCGGACGGAGAUUACUGGUGCCGAGAUAGCUGAGGAAAUGGAGAAGGAGCGCCGGCUUUUCCAAUUACAGAUGUGUGAGUACCUGAUUAAAGUAAAUGAGAUCAAGACCAAGAAGGGAGUCGAUCUGCUCCAGAACCUCAUAAAAUACUACCACGCACAGUGCAACUUUUUCCAGGAUGGCAUGACAACUGCAGACAAGUUGAAGCAGUACAUCGAGAAGCUUGCCGCUGACCUGUACAAUAUAAAGCAAACCCAGGAUGAAGAGAAGAAGCAGUUAACCGCCCUCCGGGACCUUAUUAAAUCCUCUUUACAGCUUGACCAAAAGGAGGACUCUCAGAGCAAGCAGAGUGGCUACAGUAUGCACCAGCUCCAAGGAAACAAAGAGUUUGGGAGUGAGAAAAAGGGCUAUCUGAUGAAAAAGAGUGAUGGGCUACGGAAGGUGUGGCAGAGGAGGAAGUGUUCCGUAAAGAGUGGUAUCCUCACCAUCUCCCAUGCCACGUCCAACAGACAGCCAGUAAGGUUAAACCUGUUGACCUGCCAGGUCAAACCAAGUGGGGAGGAUAAGAAGUGCUUUGACCUCAUCUCCCAUAAUCGCACAUAUCAUUUCCAGGCUGAAGAUGAACAGGAGUUUGUCAUCUGGAUCUCGGUGCUGACCAACAGUAAGGAAGAGGCUCUGAACAUGGCAUUCCAGGGGGGUCAGAGCACAGCAGGAGAGGACACUCUGGAGGACCUGACCAAAGCUAUCAUUGAAGAUGUACUCCGGAUGCCCGGGAAUGAGCUCUGCUGUGACUGCGGCGCUGCAGACCCCAAGUGGCUGUCCACUAACCUGGGUAUAGUGACGUGUAUCGAGUCUGGGAUCCACAGGGAGAUGGGUGUCCACAUCUCCCGCAUCCAGUCAAUGGAGCUGGACAAGCUAGGAUCCUCCGAACUGCUGCUGGCAAAGAACAUAGGCAACAGCAGUUUCAAUGAUAUCAUGGAGGGAAACCUCCCAUCGCCAAAGCCAACCCCAUCUAGUGACAUGACAGUGAGGAAGGAGUAUAUCAAUGCCAAAUACAUGGAUCAUAAGUUUGCUCGGCGGACCGGGGCCACAGCAACCAGCAGGCAGGGAGAGCUGUACGAGGCGGUGCGCUCACGAGAUCUGCUGUCACUAGUCCAGCUCUACGCAGAGGGGGUAGAGCUUAUGGAGCCACUGCCAGAGGCAGGCAAGGAGGCUGGAGAGACGGCUCUUCACUACUCUGUGAGGACUGCAGACCAGACCUCUCUGCAUCUGGUUGACUUCCUAGUGCAAAACAGUGGAAACCUUGACAGGCAGACCGAGAGCGGCAACACUGCGCUGCAUUACUGCUGCAUAUAUGAAAAACAGGAGUGCCUCAAAUUACUGCUGCGGGGCAAACCGGACAUUGACAUAGCCAAUCAGAGCAGAGAGACAGCACUGGACAUUGCCAGGAGGUUGAGGAACUCCCAGUGUGAGGAACCAUUGGUGGAGGCAGCAACGGGGAAGUUCAACCCUCAUGUCCAUGUGGAAUAUGAGUGGAGCCUGCGUCUGGAGGAGAUAGACGAGAGUGACGACGACCUGGAUGACAAGCCCAGCCCGGUGAAGAAGGAGCGCUCCCCACGGCCCCAGAGCUUCUGCCACUCAUCCAGUGUCUCCCCCCAAGAUAAACUCACUCUCCCAGGGAGCUAUGCUCCGCACAGAGACAAGCAGCGGCUGUCCUACGGGGCCUUUGCCCACCCAGUCUACAGCACCUCCACAGACACUCCUCCGUCACCUGGGCCCGAUGCUUCUGGGGCUUCCCUGGGGGGAAGGACCACUGGGAAAGGUGGCCCUCCCACCUCCUUGCCGCUGGGAUCCCAGUCUGCAGGCGGAGGAGGUAGCUCCACCCUCAAAAAGAGACCCCCACCCCCACCCCCAGGCCACAAGCGCACGCACUCCGACCCCCCCAGCCCCGUCCUGCAAGGCCCCCAGAGCAAAGGAAGUGAGUCCACUCCCCCACCAGGAAAUAGGACCUCACCUGCUAACAAGUUUGAAGGAAUUCAGCAGCAGCAAAGCACUACCACUAGUAACACAAAAUCAACACUUGGUCCAAGGGUUCUUCCCAAACUACCUCAGAAAGUGGCACUACGUAAGAUUGACACUAUCCACCUCCCCUCUGUGGACAAGCCCAGUCAGCCACCAGAGGUUUUCCAGAAGACAGAGUCUUCCCAGAAGUCCCCCCAGCCCCCUGACACCACACCUAAACCCCCACUGACCCCUCUGGACACCCCUCAGAGAGCGCCUCUGUCCGAGAAACCCCAGCUGAGUGAGCUCCCCCCCAAGCCCCAAAUCUCUGACUUGCCCCCCAAACCGCAACUGUCCGACCUCCCCCCGAAACCACAGAUAUCCGACCUUCCUCCCAAGCCUCAACUCAAAGACCUUCCUCCCAAGCCACAACUGGGUGACAUCCCCCCGAAACCCUCCGUCAGUGAAAAACGCACCCCUCCAGACAUGGCAGGUACCAAGCCUGUGGCGGAUGGUCAAUUGUCUGGCCUACAAGGGGAGCAAUCUCCCAAACAGGCCAGUGAGGAAACCAAUGGGAGCCCACCAGGGGCCAUGGAGAUGCCUGUACCUCUGCCUAGGAAGAUUAAUACAGGCAAGAGCAAAUUAAAACGGGUGAAGACCAUCUAUGACUGUCUGGCAGAUAAUGAGGACGAACUGACCUUUGCGGAGGGAGAGGUCAUUAUUGUCACAGGGGAGGAGGACCAGGAGUGGUGGAUCGGGCACAUAGAAGGACACCCCGAGAGAAAAGGGGCCUUUCCUAUGUCCUUUGUGCACAUUCUGUCUGACUGACAGCCGGAGAGAAAGGUGUGAGGCUGCCUCCCACUAGCACAAGCCCUGCCCUCCCCUGGCUUCACAUCGGACUGUGAGGGGAGUCUGUGUAAAUAGCUGCUGUGGAAACCCAAACAAACAUAACAACAAAAUAACACGUAAGACAAAUCCCACCCAGCCUCAUAGUAAUGAAGACUUGUAAAAAUGCGGUGUUAUCCUGCCUACCAGUAUUACCAUAGCAACCCGGCAUGCACAACACUGGGUUUGCAGUAGCUAUUGGAAUCACGCACUUUCUUGAUUUCUUUAUUCUUGAUGUACGCUGUAACUAUAUGUAUGUUUAUAUGUUAGCAAAACUAUAUGUACGUCUGUUAGUAUUUCUACAUGUAUAUGUACACGUCAAGUGUAUAUCUAUGUACUUAACACGUACAUACAUGUUCAUGUAUGUACAUACAUGUUGUACAUAACCAAGUUUGCAUAGUGUACUUACUGUAAUAACCCUGCUUGCUUAGAGAAGUAGGGCUAUCUUGUUGGUGUUCUAAUGUUAUACCAUUUUAGAUGGACUGUUUUAUGUCAUCAUCAUCUCUUGAACUCCUGGGGGAAGGGCAUUGAUGGCCAUGAGGGGGGGUCUAUGAUAAGUUCAUUAGUUAUAUUGCAUUUGUUAUAAACCCUUAAAGGGAUGUUACAAUUAAAAAGUCAAACGUUUUCAUACAUUGAAGGUUUGUUUAAUAUUGAUAUGAGGCCAUUUCCCACAGUAUUGGUUAUGUAGAUUCACAAAAAGCUGCUGUCCCCACAUUUAUGGGAAAGAAAAGCUAACAUUUCCAUUUUAGACCCAUUUGUUUCCCUCCAUUAGCAUGCUGCCGGUGUGAUAACAUCUAAUGGAAGUAAAAGCAUUUAGGAAUUUAUUUGAGAAUGUUAUGUUUGAAUGUUUACGGUCGAGGAAAAAUCACAAUGAUUGACUGUCAUUGAUGCUCACUUAUGCUAAUAUUUACUGUGACCACUCUUACUCAUACUUCCGUACAGUAUUGCUAAUUUCCUUUAAUUUCCUGGGAAUAUUUAUAGUAUUGUUAAAGACCAAAUCAAGUGAUGUGUUAUCAAAAAGUGUUGUGUGACAGCACAUUCAUAGUCUCCAAUCAGUGUCUAAAUGUUAAUUGAGAUACGUGCUGAACCCAGUUUUAUGUAAAACUCCUUUUGACAUCUGUGCAUGUACAUAGAAUUAGGCCACAAUGUGAACAUGUGCCCACCAUCCAUGUUGUAUCACAAUAUGAAAUGUAUUGUAACCAAUCCUAGAAUUGUAAUAUGGAAAGUUUAUGGUGAAAGGGCUGAUUGCUUCUUAUACACCCCCUCACCAAUUACAGAUGGCGUUUUAGGUAAAAAGCACCCUAAUAAGACUGCCAUUGUAAACAAUUAUAGCGGUUUCCAUUGUCACAAUUGAAUAUGGCAUCUACAUGACGGGUGAGUGAGAGGUCUAACUUGGCUUUUCGAACUUCCUGUGUCAUCUUAAAAUGACAUUCACUAUUAUAAUUUCUUCUAUGCAUAAGACUGCUGGAAGGCCUGUAUCAUGGAAUUACAGUCCAGUAUUGGUGACUGCAUUGGGGAUUGGAGAAACACAACACAGGGAUACCCACUGGCCCACAAACCCUAACCCUUGACACAGGUCACAGACCAGUCUGAUUGAAACGGGCAUUCAAGGAUCUGCUGAAAAAAACAUAUGCAUAAUCUCAUUAAACCUUCAGGACUUUUAUGCUUUCUUAUUGUGGUCAAAUAUAAUUUCAUUGUUUAUGUUCUUGUAGUGGAAUCAGUUGUGACCAAUGAAACACUUGUAAUGAGGUAACACCAAAUGGUUUUACUUUGUCAUAAUUAACAAAGACAGAUGAUGUAUUUAUGAAUGCCUCUUGUAUUUUGGAUGCUGGUAUUUUUAUGGACUGUUGUAAGUACAAGUGUGAAAGCAAAUUCCAUUCCAGAGUAUUGAGAGUCAGUUGUUAUAUGUUGAAUCAUUGGGCAGACAGAAGGCCUCAGCGGUUUGCAAACUUCUCUGUUUACAUUUCAUUACGCUUGUUGUUUUGCGAGGAAAGAAUAACAGAAAGAGUUGAAGUGUAAGAUUUCACCAAUGUUCAAUUCUGACAUUUACAUUUAAUGUGUUCAUUUUAGCUUGUGCUUUGGCAGUAUCACCUCCUCAGUUUAUAAAACGUUUUGAAAGGGCCCCUCGUGAGCAGAGGCUGAAGUGUGAGAAUGCUUUAAUUCUUAUGCUAUCACAAGACUUUUACCCCAAUACACUUGCUGUGGAAUGGAAAAUCCGAACAUUUAGACCAUGCAAAAACAGUGGAGCCCCACUGAUGUAGCUAACCUGAAGACAAGUUACAGCUGUGGCAAUAAAUUAACUGCCUCACAGGUCGCUUAUGUAUACAUGUAAAAAAAAAAAAUAGAAAAAAGUGCAGUGUUAGAUUAGUUACUUUAUUUAUUUAACCUAUAAUUUUACCUGGCUGGAUAAGGGGAAUUACAAAUAAAUGCAAAUAAAUUCACCAUUGUCACCUCAACACUCUUCACCAGUUGGUGUUGUACCUAACAUGAGAUACUGGAUGUGUAUUAUUAUACGUAAAGGGUGCUGGCAAACAGUGUUUUGUUUGUAGUUAUACAUUGUUUUAUUGUGAAAUAACUGGAUUCAAUUGUUAAUCCCUUCAUCAUUUUCCCCACUUUGCCCCACUUUUGGUUUACCUGUGUACUGGCUGCACUGUUUGCCACUUUGUAUUGGGGACACUCCAUGAUUCAGUAAUAAAUAUUUUAUGGUGAAA